GGGGCAGACGGAAAUUAGAACAACAGACAUUCCGGAAAAACGAAGAAUAACAACGUUUCCGGAAAAGGCAUUAAAAACCAUUCCGGAAAAACAAAAAAAUACAAUGAAUCAAAUUUCUACCACAAAACAAAGAGAAAAAAGAACAGUAGGCGUAUCAAAGAAAAAGCCCGAAAAAAUAACAGAAAAAAAACCGGAAAAAAUAACAGAAAAAUUAUUUAUUCAAGAAGAAGAUAGAACAACUAAUAACACGUUCAAAGAGGAAUUUAGGAAAAAUAUAUUAAUUUCAACCCUAAAAAAUCAAAAAUCCAAUAGAAUACAAAAUUUGGCUAAAAAGAGGGGAAAUAUUCUGAAAAAUAAAAAUAAAAUUAUUCAUCAUCCUGUAAUUACAAAAGAAUCAAAAUUAAAUAAACCUCCACCUCCUUUUAUUAUUUCUUCGGGAAAGAAUUACUCGUUGAGGGAAAAGAGACCGAAUGCAACACCGCUUGGAGCUGUUGCUAAGUUUCUCACUAGAGAAUUGCUUAGAAUGAAGAAUAAACCUCCUACGGUUGUAGACUGGCAAACAACUAUCCAACGAUUAAAAAUUGCAGCAGAACAAAGAAAUACAAAAAAGGCGGAGAGGAAUAAUAAAAGAAAACUUAAGAGACAACUCUCCUCAGAGCAGGAAAGGCGAUCGUUUGAUUCACCCAAAGAAAUAAUUGACGAUUCUGAUGAACUUGAAAAUGUUAAAAAAUUAUUUUAA